AUGUCCGAAACGGCCGCUCAACGAACUUUGGCAUCAGGAUCAUUCAAUACCGAAAUGGAAGUUAAGAAGAGCCGUUUUCUGGGACACGCCAAGCACGUCGAAAACUGGAGCGAAGCCCAAACUUACAUUGAUGAGGUCAAGGCGCUGCACCCCAAAGCUAGGCAUUGGUGUUACGCUGCAUGUUUUGGAGUAAACCCUGUAUCAGCGCGAUGUUCAGACGACGGGGAACCCACUGGGACAGCAGGGCAACCCAUAUUGAAUGCGAUUAAUGGUGAAGAACUCUCGGAUGUGGUAUGUGUGGUGGUCCGAUAUUCGGGCGGCAUUAAGCUUGGUGCGGGUGGACUCAUUCGGACCUAUGGGGCUGCUGCUCGUCUGGUGCUAAGAGAGGCCCCUGUCGACAUUCUCAUUCCGAAAUCCACCUUUCGAGUAAAAAUCUCUGACGCCGGCUAUGUCGGAUCGAUCUAUGAUUGUGUAUCCAAGGUUUCAGGUGGUGUAACAAGUGGAGACGAGUAUGGUGCUGAUGGGAGUCUGUCAGUUUCAAUCACUUGUGAUUUGGAAGAAUUCGAUCGCCUUCAAGGGGGACUCCGAGAUGCGACUCGCGGCAGCAUUGAAUUUCUUGAGGAAGAAGAAUAG